GAAUAUACUUAGUAGGUACAGGUAGAUACCUGUAUUGAGAGAUUUUAUGAUUUUAAUAAUUAUCCCUACCGGUCAUUUUAAUUAGGCACAUUCACUGUUUGGCCUUUUAUAAUGCACUUUGUAUUUAAGAAACCAUUACUUGGUAAGGUGGUAGUAGGUGCGACUUGAACCGUCCAGUGUUAUUUCAAUAGUGGUCGCACAGAGACGCGAGUGACAUGACCAGUUUUAACUGUUAUAUUUUGUCCAUUAUUCUUCUUUGUUACAAUGUGGAUUCGGCAAAUAUCCUCGGCUUGUUCCCGCACACUGGCAAAAGCCACCACAUGGUCAUCGAGCCCUUCCUGAAGCGUCUCGCGGAAAGAGGACACAACUUGACAGUGGCAUCAUUUUUCCCCAUGCAAGAUCCACCCCCAAAUGUUCACGAUAUAAGCUUCCAAGGAAUAUACGAAUUGAGGCUAGAAUCUAUUGACUUAAACGAAUUCGAAAAUGAGAAUAUCUUGUACAAAGUUCCAAUAAUUGGACGAGUUGCAAAACAAAUAUUACCGUUACAACCAUUUGCGACCGCGGCGGCAAAAAUUUGUGAACGCUUGACAGAUUUCCAGGCUCUAACCGACGCUUUGAAAGGUGAUUACGAUCUGGUGUUAGUGGAGAACUUUAUGAGUGAUUGCGUGCUGGGUUUACAUUACGCUUAUGGGAUCAAAGCACCUUUAUUGGGUCUCGUGUCGGGACCCCGCAUGCCUUGGACGAUGGAACGCGUCGGUGCUGUCGAUAACCCAUCCCACGUGCCUAUCGUAACAUCUCCCUUUACAUCGCACAUGUGUUUCAAGGAUAGACUAGAGAAUACGCUCGCUAGCAUCGCUUUUCAUGAAUGGCAUCACAGAGAGAUUCAGAUGAAAGAGAGGAAGAUUUUGGAGAAGAAGUUCGGCAACAUUCCGGACUUGCGCGACCUAGGCAGGAAUAUGUCUAUGAUAUUUCUGAACACGUUUCAUGUGUUCAGUGGAGCCAUGCCGCUAGUACCUGGACUCGUGGAAGUUGGAGGGAUGCACUUAAGCUCCAAACCCAAACCUAUACCACAGUACAUGGAGAGAUUCCUGAACGAGUCUGAGCAUGGUGUGGUGCUAUUCAGCUUUGGAUCGCACUUGAGAACUUCAACACUUCCGGAGUACAAGGAGCAGAUCUUCAUCAACGCUCUCUCUAAGCUGAAGCAGAGAGUGAUAUGGAAGUAUGAGGGCAGCGAGGAGCAGGGCACGCGGUUCGGCAACAUCCUGAGGGUCAAAUGGUUGCCGCAAUACGAGUUAUUACAACACAAGAAGGUGAUUGCAUUCAUCUCGCACGGCGGCAUGCUGGGCAUGACGGAGGCGGUGGCGGCGGGCAAGCCGACGGUGGUGGUGCCGUUCUUUGCGGACCAGCACCUCAACGCGGCCGCCGCGGUUGAGGCCGGCUUUGCCACGGUGCUGUCCUAUGCCGACUUGACGGAGGAGUCUUUGACUCGCGCGUUGCAAGCUGUACUGAGUAAAGAAAUGGUCGCAAAAACCCGCCAAGUGUCCCAAAUGUGGCACGACAGGCAAUCUUCACCUCUAGACACCGCAGUCUUCUACGCAGAAAGAACCAUCCGAUGGGGGCACAAUGCCAAACUGUACUCCAAGGGAAGGGACCUCUCAUUCUACCAACUAGCUCUCAUAGACGUUGCAGUAACUAUUCUAAUAGCUGUAGUAGUAUUCCUCGCAUUAUUUACCUAUUUAAUAGUGAAGGUCUUAAAUCUAAUAAUAAAAGUAAAACGAUCGAAAGUAAAAGUAAAUUAGUUGAGGUCACCGGAUGUUGAAGGUGCAAAAGUUUGAUAAAAAUAGACACAGAAUCUAACAGUACAAUAAAAAUCCGGAAAGGUGCAGAUAAUAAUUAGAUAUAUUAUUUAGAUUGCCAAAGACAUAUUGGUAGCUAACAAUAACUAAUGUACAUUUCCUUACAAUAAAAAAUAAUGUACCUAAGCAAUUUUUAACAUGACAUGUGCUUAGUAUGAGAUUUUACAUCACACCGAAUUCGAGCGUCGAUACACUUCAGUAAAGUAAAGUAGAACCAAAAGCCCAAGUUUUAAAGCUCAACUUGGUCUACACAUUUACUGGCAGCGCUCCAAGCGGAAACGUUAUAAAAUUAAAAUCGGUGAUACUGAAUUUUUAACUUUAAAUCAAGAAAAUUUAGAUCCAUUUUACUCUGACGUUACGAUAUCUUAAUCAAUAAUAAUCAAUAAAGUUGGGUAAGAUGUAAAAUUUGAUAAAAAGCACAGUGAUUAAUAGUCCUAAUAUUGCCCUGGAGGUAACUAAGCGUUUAAUUUUUACUAUAAGAACUAAUUACAUAAUGUAGCACAAGGUUUCUUGGAACAGUGUUUCAGUCAUGUUUAAGGUGACAGCACACAUAUCAACUCGGGAAAGGGAUAGUCACCAUAAUAUAGUCUUUUACCUCGUCGUCAACAAGGCGUCAACUUAAUGUAAAAGCGGACAACAGCUCAGCUCCGGUACGUCGACUAAGGGCCGGCGCACAUAUGGCAGAGCAUUUUUCAGUCAAAAUAUUAUCGACCUUGUCCUCAUUGAAAUAAAAUCCAUAAUCAAUUGUGCAUCUGUGCGGAUAUUCGCGCAUCCGCGCGCAGUCCCGCGCGUGCUCGCGCAUUUUCUGGUAGAAAUUCGCGUGUGUCCGCGAUUAGAAAACUUCACGGGCAUGUUCUGCACUGCGCUCCGCCAUAUGUGCGCCGGCCCUUAGUCGACGUACCGGAGCUGAGCACAGGCAAGCAGGGACAAAGAGACGUAUGGCGAGAAGCGCGGGGAAGACGAGCCGUGCCGGCGCGGGGACUGCAAGUUGACGACGACGGCGACGCACACCGCGGUUCGUGAGCUUGUCCCCGAGACGAGGCAAUUACGCUAUAAUUCCGAUCAGUGUGCGUUGCAGGGAGUUUCAUGCAACGAAUACUGGACGGCUCGAGUUGAUACGGCGACGAUCCUUUUCAGAGUUGCUAUGUGUGCUAUGACCUUUAAUGUGGCUAAUACAUUUUUAAAGUACCUUCAUAGUAAAAAUUUAAAAUUAAAUCGUGAAUUGCAUAACUAAAAUGCUAUGUUGAACAGUAAAAUCACACGGCCGAAUAUUUUUAUUUUUUUAGGUUUAGGCGAAAUAAAUAUGACAGUGUAUUUUUAGAUCAAUUAAAUACAAUUACUGUAUUGUACAUAUAGAUGAUUAAUUUAUUAAAUAUUUUAUUAAUUGCUAACAUAAUUUUUUGUAAUCACAUGACUGUUAUUCAAGUAAUUUGUAUCAUAUUAUGUCAAAAUAUAGAAAUAGCAGUCUAUAUUUUGUUUGAUUAAAAAACCAACUAUAGCUUUAGGGACAUAAAUACUUUGUUAUUAACAUUUAUUAAUCACCUUCAUGACUAGGUAAGUAAAAAUAUUUAUAGCUUUAUUUUUAUUAAUUGGAUAUAGCUACUCUAUAUUUUUUAAUAGCACAAAGUAGCAAAAUGCGGCAAAAUCCGAGUUGGUAGGUAUUUGUACCCAUUAAGAUAAUCACCUAAUUGGAUGUAUCCUGCCAAUAACACAACCCUUUGAAAAAGGUAAUCUGUAAUGGUAUUUUUUU